CAGGUAAAGCCUUCCCCGGCACCCGGCUCCCAGCCAGCUCCGGGGCCGCACUGCCGGCGUCUUCUCCUUCCCCACCCUUCCUUCCCUUUUUUUUUUUUCGCCUUCUAUUCCCAACCCCUUUUUUUUAAAAAAAAAUUGUACUAUUCCCCGUUUCUUCCCCCUUUUAUUUACUUUUUUUCUUACCUUUCUUUUCCUUUUGUAUUGUUCCGUCGUUAUAUAUAUUUUCCCUUUGUUUCCCCCCUUUUUAUCAUUUCCCCCCUUUCUCUCCCUUUUUCUCCCUUUUCAUCUUUUUUUUUUCCACCUUUUUCCCUUUUUUCUCUUUCUUUCCUUUCCGCCCCCCUUUUCUUCCCUUUCCUCUUCCCCCCUUCCCACCUUUCCCCCAUUUCCCAUCCACCCCUUUUCUUCUCUCCCUUUCCCUCUCCCCCAGCUCCGUCCCUGGCAGUGGGCGCACACAGGGAUGAGCAGCGGGCUGGUGCUGCGCGCCCCGCUCCCCGACGACUCCUCAGCGUUCACCCCGCUGAAGCCCGUCACCAUGUCGGGGGAGCAUGGCGAGGACACCUCCGUCUUUGAGGACAUCAAACCGCCUGCUAGGGCCCCGGACAACCCUCCUGACCUGGCACAGCUGCACCCCAUGAGGAUGGAACAGCGGAUGCCACUCACUCUCGAGGGACGUUCUGAAAUGGAUAAGUACCUCUCCAACCAGAUGCCACCCAUCCCCAUGAUACCAGACAAGAAAUACCGCCGGGAGAGUGCCUCAGUGGUAGAUGAGUUUUUCUCAACGGAGAAACCCACUUCCACGCCUUACAGCGUGAACAUCAAUGUCAUCCUGCCCGACACCACGCACUUACGGACUGGACUUUACCGAUCCCCCAAACCCAUGACGCCGUUCACACAGAUCAAGACAGAACCUGGCACCAGCUUCUCCCAGCCCUGCUCUUCCACAUCAGGCUCCACGCAGACCCUGCCUGACUUCACCAGUGUCUUUAGCAUGCCCCAAUCAGUGGCAGUCAACAACAUCUUCAUCAAGCAGGAGAUGCCUUCUGAUAUCUCGCUAUCCAGCAGUUCACAGCAAGCCCAGUUUUACCAGAUGCCUCUUGGCAACGGCAACGCUGAUCUUACCAACCUGACACCCUCCUCAAACAGCACCACAGCCAUCAACAGCCUCAGUGGUGUUACCAUGUCCACAGGUAACGCCAUGUCCAGUGUGCUUCACAGACAUGUCCAGGCUGGAGGGCCAGUUAAGCAGUACCCACAUGUCUCCCAAGGACAGGAAAACUUCAACAUCUCAGGGCAGUUCUAUUCUGUGCCAGGGGUGAACCUGCCACCUUCACCCCCCAACUCGCAGCCUGGCAGCCCAGAAAAUCAACCAGAGCUCAUCAACACCAUCUCUCCCCCACCAUCCUAUGAAGCUACUUUUGGACUGAAGCUGGUCCAGUCAUCCCAGGUCCCUCCAGUCCCCAGCAGCCUUGGGACCCUCUGCCAAGGGCACACUGUCAUGCAGACCCUCAAAUAUAACAGACGCAACAACCCUGAGCUGGAGAAAAGGAGGAUCCACCAUUGUGAUUACCCAGGUUGCACAAAAGUGUAUACCAAGAGCUCCCACCUGAAGGCGCACCAAAGGACUCACACAGGUGAAAAGCCCUACAAGUGCACCUGGGAUGGCUGUGACUGGCGCUUCGCCCGCUCUGACGAGCUGACCCGGCACUACCGCAAGCACACAGGUGCCAAGCCCUUCAAGUGCCUGGCCUGUGGCCGGUGCUUCUCUCGCUCUGACCACCUGGCACUGCACAUGAAGCGGCACCAGAACUAGGGACCACCUCCAUUGCUAUGUCUCCAACGGCAGCUGGGACUCUUCUUCGAGGGAACCUCUCCUCCACUUGUACAUAGGAACAACCCUGUGCUUUGAUCAACUGGCAGGACAGAAGGUGAAUCCCUCCCCCACCAUUCCUGGUUUUAAAACAGAUACCAUUAAAAAAGAAUGAUAAUUACA